AUGAUGUCUUUUAACGUUCUCACCGCUACAGUGACUGACAUCGAAGAGGUGCUGAACAAUGGUACGCUCACCAGCGAGAUCGUGGUGACGGAAUACUUGAAGCAAAUUGACCGACACAACGGUUACCUCCAUGCCGUCAUUGCGAUUGCACCGAAGCAACUGUUGAUCGAGAGAGCUCGUUUUCUAGAUCAGGAGAGGGCUGCUGGCCGCGUGCUGAGCCCUCUCCAUGGCAUUCCAUUGCUCAUCAAGGAUAACAUCGCCACCCAUCCUGACCUCGGCAUUGACACAACAGCAGGAACGCUUGUCUUGGUGGGCUCAAGGGUUAGAGAGAGCGCCUCAUGUGUUUCGCAGAGGUUUGCUAUGUCCACUGGCUGGUUGGCCGUUGGUGGACUUACCCAGUCCACCCUAUGCCAUCGGAGGCAAACGCUGGGACGAUGGUUUCGGGGACAUAGUGCGGUAGGUGGCUCGUCGUCAGGAUCUUGCCCUGGAGUAGCUGCCGGGUUCGCUCCUGUAGCCCUAGGCACUGACACCAACGGGUCAAUUUUAACGCCAGCGACACGACAUGAUGUCUAUGCCAUGAAGUCAACUCUCGGUCUCAUCUCGCAAGAUGGCAUCUGUCCCAUAUCAUUCGAUUUCGACUCUGCUGGCCCAAUUGCCCGGUCAGCGCGAGGCAUUGCUAUCCUCAUGGACGUGAUUGUCGACCAUUGGCAUAUGCCCACUGUCGCGGUAGCGCCGAACAAGGAGGUGGAUGACCAGCGGGACGAGGAUAUUAAAGCAGCGUACGAGAAAUCAAAGUCCCUCGGGGCCGUUGUAAAGCAGGUUCUGAUUACAUCGUUGGAUGAGCUGGUUGUGGACGGAAUGAGCCAGCUUCAAAGAGUCAUGGGUGAGUUCAACUGA